AUGAAGUUUCAAUCAACGGUUGUGGCGAUCGCAUGCGUCGUCGUAGGGUUGACGGCACUAGCUGAUGGGGCGACUAUUAAACAUCGGGAUGAAAGUAAAAACAAGAAUAACAAUAUCAAAAACAAGGACAAGGACAAAAAAGAUGAUCGCAACCACAAUCCAUAUAUGCUAUCAGCUGCUGAGGAACGCUUUUCCUCCUGUGGAAAUCCCAACAGUGAUUUCUUCAAGGUAGACUCGAUUAGUUCGAACCGUCAUUUGUGUUCUGGCUGCAAGGCCUGUAUCGAUAUCGGGGGUUCGCUUAAGGGCCGAAUCGAGAAGGGGGCCCAAGUCCGUCUAAAGAUCACGAAGUUUUUUCUACCGGUGUAUGAAAAGACCUUUGAUUUAUGUUCUAUUUUGGAAGAUACAGAGGGAGAUGUUCGUUGCCCUAUUGAAGCUUCAAACAAUCAUCUUCAUGCAUGUAUACCUUUAGACACGUCUAUUCCCACGAAUAUUGCGGCCAGUUCUACGUUAUCUGCAGUGACAGCAAAUUACGAGCCAUUAUUUUGUAUAACAGGCAAUGCCAUGAUCGAAUCCAAUUGUCCCAGCGAUGCUUGUGAUCAGUAG